AUGAAGAGCUCUGUGAUUUUCAUACUUUUCCUCUCAGUUUGUGAAACCAUCUUGGGGUCUGCCAUUGUGGCUCCACGUGUGGUGACUGGCACGUCGGCAGAGUCUGUCACGGUCCAGUGCCAGUAUCAGCAGCGCUACAGGGGCAACACAAAGUACUGGUGCAGAGGGGACGUGUAUGAGUUUUGCAAGAUUGUGGUGAAGACCACAGGGCCCAUCGAGACAGAGACGGCCUCUAUCAGAGAGGACAAAGACGCUUGUGUGAUCUCCGUGACAAUCACUGCACUCCGGCGUGAGGACCAGGGCAAGUACUGGUGUGUCAUCAGCAAACAGUGGAGGAAUGAAUACGCACCUGUGUACCUGCAGGUUCGAUAUACAGCACGUCACCCCACUACCAGAAACAGCUCAGUUUCAAACUUGGAGUUUCCUACACCAACCACUUUACCAGUGAGAACCUUUACCACAAGACCACAAGUGGACAGUGGAACACAUUCUGAUGCGUGGUCCACUCUGCGUUGGGUCCUGCUCUGUGUAAUUGUGGUGUGUCCUAUUGCUGCCUGUUUGUGGAAGCACUGCACUUGGCAAACCUGCAAUACCCACAGAGCAGCCGAUCCAGCAUCACUACAGCCCCCUUUACCCCACAGAAGGUCUGAUUAUCCUUAACACACUGCCCAGAUCAGAGUCCAGGUGCCCACCUUUUACACUUUGAUUUUGUUCUGAGUUAACAUGUAGUUGGUUAGUUGGUCAACACCAAGUGAAGGUACUGCCAGAUUCAAACAAAAUCACAUGUGAUGUAAGACUGCAACAAAAUGACAUAUAUGUAUAUA